AAUGUUAAAACAAUCUUUAUUUCUCUAGGAACGAUAAAUUCAAGGAGUGCAGUUGUAGUCAUGUCAGUUAAUUAUUUGUAAUUUAGGUACAAUCAUUCGUCGAAGAAAUAUAAUUAUAAUGACAAGCGUGUGCUUGUGUUUUGUUACAAUAUUAGUAAUCCUUAUUGAAAUUAAUGCAUUACGAAGAAUAAACGAUUUUGGAAGUUUUCGGUCAGUUGUAAGCUCCGACGGUCGUCCCAUUUUGAGAGGGGGGGCAAAUGACUUAACAGCUAGUAUGGAUUCCAAUCCUGCCGGCCGACCAGCUUUGCGCGGAGGGCUAGAUGAUUUACUCGAAAACGUGGAUGUUGACAUAAAUGUACGCCUACAACCGAAAGAAAAACGAAAACAUGAUCCAGACUCGCAUAAAAUGGCGAUACCAUUACGAGAUGAUGAAAAGCUGCAGCAAAAUGCCGAUUUCCUUUUGCGUAAAAGGCAAAAAUCCUCGUCGGAGGAAUCCGACGAUGAUGAUGGGCUUCCGAUCAUGCGUACCGUAAUGCCAGACAGCUCGCCAGAAAAAAUAAAAUCUCAGGAAACUGAAGAAGUGAUCACUUAUUUGCAAACUGGAGGCAACAAAGAUGAUUCUAGUGGAGAACAAACCAUUUCUUUAGUACGAGAAGGUGAUGAUAAUUCGUAUGAAAAUCCUGCCAAGUUUCAGAGACAGCAGAGCGUUAAAUCUACAAAGAUGCCUGAAUGGACGAAAGACUUAAAAAAAUACAUAAGAAUCCUGUCAUCAAAGUACCCGCGGAACGGAAUGAUUAACCACAUCAAACCUGUGAUCAAAGUUUUGGAACGCACUCACAAAGUGAAAAUAAAAGAUAUUGACGUUGACAAACGAGGUAGAGUAAAGGUGUUACUCAAGAAGGGAAGUAAAGGAAAGUGAAUCAUCAUAUUAAAGCCGUAGAAGAUAUCAUUUCAAUGUUUGAUGUUAUACAAUAAAUAAUAAUAUUGUAUAAAUAUUUGGGUAAAA